AUGUCGAAAGCUGUCGUAUUCUUGACGCAGGGCACGGAGGAAAUGGAAUUCACCAUCACGUACGAUGUGCUCGUUCGUGGUGGUGUAAAUGUGACUUCUGUAUUCGUUCCAGAGUCAGGAAAGCCAGCCGCUCCAAUCAACGGUCUUGUUGUUGCCUCUCGUGGUGUUAAGCUCGGCGCCGAUACGACUCUCCAAGCUUUGUUGCAAAAUGACAACGUAGAUCAAUAUGACGCUUAUGUUGUUCCCGGUGGCGCUGGUGCUAUUCAUACACUAUCUAAAGAUGAAAAUGUACUAAAGAUUUUGCAUCACGCUCAUGCCUGUGGCAAAGUUAUUGGCAUGAUCUGCGCAGGCACUUUAGCAGCUUUGGGAGCCCAAAUUGGACUGAAAGGUCCUAUUACCAGCCACCCAUCAGUAAAGGACCAGCUCGAUGCCUUGUAUGAAUACAAGGACUCCCCGGUUGUCGUUUCUGACAAUUUUGUGACGAGUCGUGGGCCUGGCACCACAUUCCUUUUCGCGCUCACACUGGUCGAGAAACUUGUCGGAUUGGAAAAACGAAACGAAAUUUCUGGUCCAAUGAUGCUAGUGUGA